CUUCACUUCACUUCCAUACUCCUAUACAUGCUCUCUGCACUGCGACGCUCAGCGCUAAUCACUCGACACCUGACCACCACCACCACCAUCGCCCCCCGAGCAUACGCCACCAUGACGGACCCUUCGAAGUACCUGUUCAACCAUACCAUGCUGAGGAUCAAGGAUCCCAAAGCCUCUGUCAAAUUCUACGAGCACUUGGGAAUGAAGCAAGUCAACAAAUUCUCAUUCCCGGACAACUCUUUCGAUUUGUACUUCUUGGCAUACGACUCCCCCAAGGCCGUAUCAUCCGGCAAUCACUGGACUGAUCGCCAAGGCAUUAUUGAGCUCACUCACAACUAUGGCACGGAGAAUGAUGCUUCCUACAAGCCAAACAAUGGCAACAAGGAGCCCGGAAAAGGUUUCGGGCAUGUCUGCAUCUCUGUGGACAACAUCCAAGCUGCGUGUCAGCGACUGGAGGACGCGGGAUAUAAGUUUCAAAAGAAGUUGAAGGACGGCAGGAUGCAUCACAUCGCUUUUGCUCUGGAUCCCGAUGAGUACUGGGUCGAGAUCAUUGCCCAGAAUGACGUCGAAAAGACCGAAAAUGUGAAGGAAACCAACAUUGAAACCUAUCGCAUGAACCACACCAUGUUGAGAGUCAAAGACAAAGACAUAUCACUCAAAUUCUACCAAGAAGUCAUGGGCAUGACCUUCCUCCGCGAAAACGCAGGAUCCGAUUUCACGCUCUACUUCCUCGCCUAUGGCGACAAACCCAGCAGCGACAAAUCCGUCAACGGCGUCAACCCCGUCGCGGAUCGAGAGGGGAUUCUCGAAUUGACGUGGAACCACGGCACCGAGAAGGAGUCGGGUAAAGUGUACCAUGAUGGAAAUAGUGAGCCACAAGGGUUUGGACAUAUUUGCAUAUCGGUUGAUGAUCUCGAUGCGGCAUGUAAGAGAUUCGAGGAGAAAGGGGUGGAGUGGAAGAAGCGUCUUACGGAUGGACGGAUGAAGAACGUGGCAUUUGUGCUGGACCCGGAUGGAUAUUGGAUCGAAGUGAUUCAGAAUGAAAAAUACAAGGCUGCGCCUGGAAAGUAUUGAUUGAUUGAUUGAUUGAUUGAGGGAAUGAAAUGAAAUAAAAUGAAAUGACACGAGAGGGGGAGAGACUGACUAGUGUUCUUGCCUUUCUGGGUCAAUUUGCUGUAUACUGAAAAACCUCCCCAACUACCUAACGUCGAAAGAAGCAAGCAAGUAUCAUGUUGCACAUAAGUUUCUGAUGUGUUCCCGGUCUACCGACCCACCUUACCUACCUAGUACCUUACCGAAACCCCGCGGAGGCAGAAACUGCUUGCUUGAUUCCAUGACCUCCUCUUCACCACCCAGGAACUUCCUCAAGUGUCGUCCACAACCCUCCUUUGGGUUUCGCAGUAAUUCCACCCUUAAUUUCCGGUUCACCAUGAGCAAGAGGACUUCCUUUUUCAAAUGAAGUGUCAUAUCUUCCGACCCAAGCAGCCAACAAACAAGCAAGUUCAUAUUGUGAAAAUUUCUGUCCAAUACAUGAUCUCGGACCAUGCAAAAACGUCAAAAACGAAUAAUUCGAAUCCGCUCCCCCUCUUUUUCCUUCUUCACCACCAUUACCACUCUGACUCUUAUUACUCUUCAACCACCUCUCCGGCCGAAACUCCAACGCGUCCUUGCCCCACAAAUGCGUACAAGUAUUAAUCGCCGCCGGAGCGAGAAUAAUCGUCGUUCCUCGCGGGAUAAAUUGCCCUUGAAUGGACGUGUCGCGAUCGGCGACGCGCAAAGUCAAACUGACGGGUGGCCAGAGGCGGAGGACUUCGGUGCAAAAGGCUUGGAGGUAGUCGCAGGAGUCGAUUUGGGCGGCCGUGAUGGGGCUGGAUAGGGAGGGGAUUCGAGAGCGGAUUUCGGCGCGGAGGGUGGUUUGGAUGGAUUUGUGUUUGCAGAGGAGGUAGAGGGACCAGAUCAUGGCGGUGGCAGUGGUUUCAUGUCCUGCUAUGAGAAAUGUCAUCAUUUGAUUCACGAGCUCAUGAUCCUGAAAUCCUCCUGAUCCCAGUGCAACAGAGAGGAUGUCGACGUCUUCCACGCCUUUCUCAGCCAACACGGUUCGCUUCUUGGCAAUGAGAUCGCGACAGACUUGUUUGAUGUAUGCGGAUGCGGCGUUGAGCUCUUGAUUCCGCUUGAUCGGGAGGUUCCUCGUUAGCCAGCUAGGGAGAAAAAUGGCCAAUACCUGCAACAUCCUUCCAGCUUUCCCGGGGUUAAAGAUAAGCUUAUAUGUCUGAUGCAGCUUAUUGUCGGGAUCCUGGAGGGCAUUGAAGUCUUGACCCAUCCCACUCAAGCCGAUAAUGUCGAGUGUCGCGCGUGAAGUCCAGUUGCCAACAUCCACAGCGCCGUGAACAUGUUCGGCAGCAGCGUUUUCGAGAUUCGUGUUAUCCGUGUCCGACACAUGCUUCUUAUCGACAGCUGCGGUCGAUACAUUCGCAAGGCAGUCCACGAGCUCUUGGGCUUUGCUCCAGAAGAUCGGCACAAUAUUUCUUUUCAAAUGGCCAAAGGCAAACGCGGGCGCCAAGUUCUUCCUUUGGAUUUUGUGCUCCUCGCCUUCUGCGAGCAAGACUCCGAUGCCCAGGAUUCGGCCGAGACCAUUGCGGAAGUGCCAUGGUUUGACAAAGUCAUAGUUCUUCGUCACGAGGACCUCGCCCAGUGCUGCAGGAGUGGUGAUGAGAACUCGUUGUUGGAACCAGACCGAGUAUGUAAUCAGGCCCUGGUUCGGGACAUUUUGAACCCAGUCUCGCAUCGGUCUUCCCGAUGGUUCUGCGAGGACCCUCUUGGUUUGACCCCAGAACCAAUGAGCGUUCGGGGCCUGGGGUAGAUGGCGUAGGGUGCUGAUGUAGUGGGGCCAUACCAAGAUCGAGUACAGCUGAUAGAGAAGAAAUAAGAUGGAGAAGAGC